AUGUGGUUUAGAACUAAGACAUAUUAUUGUUGCUUUAUGCAGAAUCUGCGAGACAGCAAGAUCCUGGAUUAUUUAUUUUCACUGCCAGAUAAUCCAGAAGAAUCGGACAUUGAAGCUGAUGAUGAUGAUCUAGAGCAAGUUUUUUCAUCUCAUGAUUAUUUGUCUACUCCAAGCACACCAUUAGAAACAUGGACACACAAUUAUAAGGAACAGAUUGUCAACAACGAUGUGCAACUAGAUUCGUUGAUAGAUGGAAACAUCAGUGUUGCGAGUGAAAGUGGAGUGAAUUUUGAGCAAGAUGAUGAAACUGGUGAAUUUACAGAUUCUCACUGGGAUGAUGAUGUAACUGACUUUGAAGAACUAAAUUUACCCUCAGUGCUUGACCCAAAACCAACAGUAAACUUCGCUUUGGCAGACAAUGAACUUGUGUAUUUUGAAAAAUUAUUUGAUGAUUUGAUGAUACAACACAUCUGCUUUCAGACAAAUUUGUAUUGCAAACAGAAGAAUAGUGCACAGUGGAGGGAACUCACAGUUCAGGAACUAAAAGCUUUUCUGGGUAUUAUCAUAGUAAUGGGAAUUCAUCAAUUACCUGAAGCAGCCAGUUACUGGAGCUCAGACCCAUAUCUAAAUGUAAAUGCAGUAUCAAAUAUUAUGACACUUGCUCACUAUAAGAAAAUAAUAGAGAACCUUCACUGCAAUGAUAAUUUGUUUCAACUGGCAACAAACGAUCCUGGUUAUGACAAGUUGUACAAAAUCAGACCACUUAUCUCAGCCCAAAACAAAAACUGUUUGAAAGUAUAUCACCCUUCUACUUCACUUGCAGUUGAUGAGUCAAUGGUUGCAUUCAAAUGA